AUGCCUUCGCCGUCAACGUCAAUGGAUUAUUCACAGGAGACAAUUUUUCAAUAUGAAAAUGAAGUAUCAAGCGAAUUAAAUAAAAUGCAUUUAAAUAAUAACUUGGAAAAUGAAAUGGAGGUUUGUGAAGAUAAACCAGAAUUAAGAAGGGAUUUCUCCUCAAUAGCGUGUACUGUAAUAAAAGAAACUCAUAUAGCUCAAAGUUUCGAAGAAUUUUAUCCAAUAAUCAAAAAGUUCCUCUCAUUGGGAAAUGAAAUUGUAUUGUUGUAUGAAAAGGCCGAACAUAAUAAACAAUUAUGCAGUGCUCUCUUACAAAGGUGUAAUUGUGCAAUUGCUGCAGUAAAAGAUUUAAAUAUUAGAAAAACCGAAAUCACGAGUGAUAUCAACGAAACUUUUUAUAAGCUUACGGAGGAAUUUGACGGAUAUAUGGAUAGUUUAAAUUUUUCUUUUACCAUACAAUCUAGAGAUGAUUUGAUAACAAUGAAGGAUGGUGUGGAAGAUAUCUUAUUUUAUGUUCAUGGCGUCUCUGAAGAUAAACAAUCUCAACAAAAAUUCCUUACUGGGAUGGAUCGAGUGGCCGGAAGAAACGAAGAGUUCAAAAAACAUAACAAAACUACCUCAAACACGAAUUCAUCUGAACAUAUUAUAACAAAUGUAGAAGCAAACGAACCAUUACUUGAAGGCAAUUCUUAUAUUAGAACAAAUUUUUGUCCUUCAAGAAGGAUUGAAAAACGCACUUCAGUCAAAAAUUGUACUGACAUCCUUCAUCAUGAUAUCCAGUCGGCAAAUAUUUUAGUAAAUCAAUAUCAAAAGGUUAAAAUAGCAAAUUUUGGUCUAAGCAAAAAAUUUUCAGAUGCUACCAGAAGUAUUUCACAUAACCUAGAGAAUAUAAGAGUUGGAGCAUUAUUGUGGGAGAUUGCAGAAUUAAAAAAACCUCAUUCUGACCUUGAUAAUUCGGAAAUACUUAAUAGUGUUAGAAAACGUAUGCGAGAAAGAUAUUAUGAACCAUUUUCAAAUGAUGCUCCCUCUGAAUGGAGGGAUAUAGUAUCUAAUGCUAUGGAAUACGAACGUGAUUGGCGUUCUAGUAUUUCAGCUAUUUGUCGGGACCUUUAUGAAUUGAUGAUGAAACAACAUUCGGAUAAAUCUCGUCCAAAUAGCGGUUUUAGUUGUUCAAAUUGUGAGAAUGAAACCUCGACACCUUCGGGGGAUCAUAAAGUAAAUUUAUCAGCAAGUAAUAAUCAAAGUUCAACACCCGUAAUUUUUACAAUUCUCUCUGUUGGAGAUGCAAUUCGCGAACACAAAUCCAGCAAUGGAAGCAAACUAGUUGCAUGGAAUAGUUUCAAAUUUCACUCAAUAACCAAUGUUGAGGCAAAAUAUUGGGUAGGGUAUUAUUAUUUUCAUCAUGGUGAAGAUAUUCCUGAGUUACAACCCAUUAAUGAGGAAGAAAGGAUCAAAAAUGCCAUUGAUAUAUUUAAAGAAACUGCUGAUAAAGGAAAUUCUUCCGCUCAAUUAAGAUAUGGAAUGCAUUUAUGGCAAACGGAAAAUAAUUAUAUCGAAGCUUUUAAAUAUUUAAAGAAUUCAGCUAAUUCACAAGAUGUAGCGGCCAUGUUUAUCGUUGGAAAAGCUUAUUGGAAUGGUAUCAAUGGUAUUGUACAAGAUAAGGCACUAGGUGCAGAAUAUUUAAGAAGUGCUGCUUUGGCAGCUCAUCCUAAAGCUAAGAAAUUAUGCAAUGAAUAUGGAAUUUCUUUUUAA